AUAUUCAGAAUACUGAAUAUAUAUCUUAUUGCAUUAGAGAAUGGGUAAAAGACUUUCUUGAACAAGGUACCUUACCUAAACAUCAACAGAGAAAACAUGCAAAAAGAAAAUUGUUGCUUGAUAAUAAGGAUCUUAAACUGGCAGCUUGUACCUGGUUACAUUCUAUUCUAUCAAAAGAUUUUUCUUCUUUAGUAUUAAAGAAAGAAUUAGAAACAAAUAUUUUUCCUAAAUUGCUUAGAGUACUGAUCACUAUUUUGGAAACUACUACAUAA